AUGGCCACGUCAGCUCCAACGAUUCCAGACAUUGGGCAGGCAGUGGAGGAUCUCUCCGCUCGAGUCGCCGCGGAGAUUAACGGCGUCGCAGGUAGCGCCGAUUCCGCCGAUUCCGCCUCCGCCGCCGCCGCCGCAGCGGAUGCGGCAGGGCCUCCCGCAGUGGACGAGAUCGAGAGCCUGUGCAUGCGGUGCCACGAGCAGGGCACGACGCGGCUUAUGCUGACACGUGUCCCGCAUUUUCGGGAGCUCGUCAUCAUGGCGUUCGAGUGCCCGCAUUGUAACGAGUCCAACAACGAGGUACAGUUCGCCGGGUCGUUACAACCCACCGGCGUACGGUUCUCCCUCUCCGUACCGGUCUCUGAGGAAGGAGCAACCGAGGAAACUACGGACUCUCACGAGGCGCUGAUGAACCGACAAGUGGUGAAAUCCGAUUCGGCGACGAUCCGAAUUCCGGAGAUCGACUUAGAGAUCCCGCCCGAGUCGCAGCGCGGCACGCUCACCACUGUGGAGGGCGUCUUGACCCGCGCGCACGAUGGGCUCGGCGCGCUGCAGGCGGAGCGACGCGCGGCGGACGCCGCCGUCGCCGCCGCAAUCGACGAAUUCCUCGCGAAAUUGAAAUCCUGCAUCGACGGCUCGCGCGCGUUUACGCUCGUGCUGGACGAUCCGUCGGGUAACAGUUACGUCGAGAACCCGCGCGCUCCGGAACCCGAUCCGAUCUUGAAGGUUGAGCAUUACGAGCGCACGCCGGAGCAGAACGAGAAGCUAGGCUUUCUCGCGGCUCCUGCGGGCGCAGGGGAAGACGGGGAAGCGGGGGAAGUUUCAGGGGGGGGCGCAGCGGGGGAUCCGACGAAGCUUCCGCACGGGUCGGUGGGUGCUGAGCUGGCGUAUCGCGCGAUUGCCGGCGGGAAUAACGCGGACCUGGCGAGUAAUGCGCUGCUGUGCGGAUACUCCGCGCCUGAAGAGGUGAUGGUAUUCCCCGCCACCUGCAGCGCGUGCGGCGCUAGCGGGGACGCGGGGAAGGGAGUCGAGGAAAAAGGGGGAGCGGAGGGGGAAGCGACGGGGGAGGCGGAGGGGGGAGCGGCGGACGUGGACGAGGUGUGCGUGACGCGCAUGUUCGCGACGCGGAUUCCGUAUUUCAAGGACGUCAUUCUGAUGUCCACAUCAUGCGAUGCGUGCGGGUAUAAAAACUCCGAGUUAAAAGCCGCUGGCGGCGUGGCGCCCAAGGGACGCAAAAUCACCCUCACAGUCCGCAACCAGAAGGAUCUAUCCCGCGAUAUAAUCAAAGCCGAAUCCGCCGCGGUGUAUAUUCCCGAGAUUGAAUUAGAACUAGGCGCUGGGACUCUAGGCGGACGGGUGACUACAGUGGAGGGGCUUGUAACGGAAAUCGCGGACAGCUUGAAACGGAUCCGACCGUUUGAGAUCGGGGACAGCGCUCCCGAGUGGCAGAGGAGCAAGUGGCAGGAGCUGGAUAGGCAGCUGCGCGCACUGGCUGCUGGCGAACCCGUUAGCGUGAAACGGAACAGGGCGACCGUUGCUGGUGGUGGCGCUGAUGCUGCUGGUGGUGCUGAUGCUGGUGGUGGUGCUGGGGUUGAGAAUGGGUCUGGAGCAGAGGGGAAGUUGGAGAAAGAGAAGGGAGAAUCUGGGGAGGAAGAGAGGGUGGAGGAGGCGGAGGGGGAGGAGAUGGAGGAGUUGACGGAGUGGCAUUUGGUUGUGGACGACGCGUUGGCCAACUCGUUUGUGUCGUUUGUGGGCGAGCGACUGGAGGACGAUGGGCAGGUGCAGGUGGAGGAGUAUGUGCGGUCGUGGGAGCAGGAUGAGGAGCUUGGUCUGCAUGACAUGCGGACGGGGGAGCAGCCGGGUGCAGGAGGAGGCGGAGUGGGAGGAGUUGACGAGUGGCAUUUGGUUGUGGACGACGCGCUGGCCAACUUGUUUGUGUCGUUUGUGGGCGAGCGACUGGAGGACGAUGGGCAGGUGCGGGUGGAGGAGUAUGUGCGGUCGUGGGAGCAGGAUGAGGAGCUUGGUCUGCAUGACAUGCGGACAGGGGAGCAGCACGUGCAGGGGAACGAGAAGGGUGAGCUGGAGCCGAUCCAAGAGUGA